UCUUGCAAGGGUGAUUAAUCCCCCACAUAAAAAGUGGAUGUUCGCAUGGAACAAAAAUCCCUAUAAUCGCCGGAUUGGAACUCGUUGAAUUCCAGGCGGACAUGGAGGAAUCGACGCCGGCUUUUAAGAAUCUUUACAGCAGAGAGUAUCAAGGUCACAAGAAGAAGGUACAUUCUGUGGCAUGGAAUUGCACUGGUAUGAAGCUUGCUUCCGGUUCUGUCGAUCAAACUGCUCGAGUUUGGCAUAUUGAGCCUCAUGGACAUGGUAAGGUUAAGGAUGUCGAGUUGAAAGGGCAUACUGAUAGUGUAGAUCAGCUAUGUUGGGAUCCUAAACAUUCUGAUCUUAUAGCAACCGCCUCUGGUGACAAGACUGUUCGACUAUGGGAUGCUCGUAAUGGGAAAUGCUCACAGCAAGCUGAGCUGAGUGGGGAGAAUAUAAACAUCACCUACAAGCCUGAUGGGACGCACAUAGCUGUUGGGAAUAGGGAUGAUGAACUCACUAUACUAGAUGUUAGGAAGUUUAAGCCAGUUCACAAGCGCAAGUUCAAUUACGAGGUGAACGAAAUUGCUUGGAACAUGACUGGGGAAAUGUUUUUCCUGACAACUGGAAAUGGUACCGUUGAAGUACUAGCAUACCCGUCACUUCGACCUAUUGAAACUCUUAUGGCUCACACAGCUGGUUGUUACUGCAUUGCAAUUGACCCGGUUGGAGGGUAUUUUGCAGUUGGAAGUGCUGAUUCAUUAGUUAGCCUAUGGGAUAUCUCUCAGAUGCUCUGCGUGCGAACAUUUACAAAACUCGAAUGGCCUGUCCGAACUAUAAGUUUCAACCACACAGGAGAAUACAUUGCUUCUGCUAGUGAGGACUUGUUCAUUGAUAUAUCGAGUGUUCAAUCGGGACGAACGGUUCAUCAGAUUCCUUGUCGGGCUGCUAUGAAUAGUGUGGAGUGGAAUCCAAAGCACAAUUUGCUUGCAUAUGCUGGGGAUGACAAGAAUAAGUAUCAGGCUGAUGAAGGUAUUUUUAGGAUCUUUGGGUUUGAAAGUGCAUGAGAAAUGGAUCGACUAAGAUUCUCCAUAGAAUUCUACCAUGGAUCAACUUAUCUUUAUUUCCUUCUUUUCUGGUUAGUAUUGAAUUCCAUGUAUGCUAUGUUACUCAGGAUUUUCCUUCUUUUCGCUUGGAAGGUUCAAAGUACUUUUGUGAUCUGAAAAACAAUCAUUUGAGCUAGCAAUGAUGCUUACUUGCA